GUCAUAAAGCUCUCCUUACCCAAGCUCUGUCAUUAAAUAGAAGCAAUGGGUUGUAAACACACAAUAAGGCUGAAAUGCUCUGCUGGUCUUCCAGUUCUUACGAACAUGAUUCAUGCACCAAUAUUAAUCUGUUUCAUGUACUAGUAAAUGGGUCCAUCAGGUGGGGUUAUAGUAAUAAAGGAAUGAGAAAAAUGAGGGCAUGGUUAUUUAACACUGCUUGAUAACUUAAUUGGCAUGAUAAUUACAGGAGACAUUAUGAUAUCCCAGAACCGGUCUGUUUAGUAACCUACUAUAAAUAUGACACAUCAAUGCUAUUCUUCGCCAGACUAUACAUAUACAUACAUUCAUUCAGGACUGGUAGUUUCUGAUCAAUUCUCUCUGUUAUCAUGGACACGAGCCAGCAAAAUGAGACAUAUAUGGAUUCAGAUGUUGAGUUUGCUCACACAGCCUAUGGCAAAAAUGCAGUUAAAGUCCUUCAGAUCAAGAGGAAUGGAAAGCAACAUUUUAUUAAAGAAAUAGAAGUCUCUGUUCAGCUUACCUUAAAGUCCAAGAAGGAUUAUUUGGAGGGAGAUAAUUCCGACAUUAUUCCUACAGAUACAAUUAAAAACACCAUCUAUGCCUUGACAAAACUCAAAGGGAUUCAAACAAUAGAAGAAUUUUCCGUGGAGAUAGCAAGACAUUUUCUCACCUCCUUUAACCAUGUUACUGAAGUUAAAGUUUUUAUUAAUGAAGCCCCAUGGAGGCGUAUGGAAAAGAAUGGAAUGAGCCACGUGCAUGCAUUUAUUUAUUCACCUGAAGGGGUUCACUUCUGUGAGCUGCAACAAAAACGGGGAGGUCAACCGGCUAUUUUCUCUGGUAUCAAAGAACUAAGAAUUCUGAAAACAACACAAUCUGGAUUCGAAGGUUUCAUAAAAGACCGUUUUACUACUCUUCCUGAAGUGAAAGAUCGCUGCUUUUCAACAAUUGUCAACUGCAAAUGGAAAUAUGGCACCAGUAAAGCAGUUGAUUAUGAUGCCGUUUGGAAAACCAUUUUGGAAACCAUUCUUGAUACAUUUGCUGGUCCCUAUGACAAAGGAGAAUAUUCUCCAUCUGUGCAGAAGACUCUCUAUGACAUCCAGGUGCUGAGCCUAAGGAAAGUUCCAGAGAUUGAAGAAAUUGAAAUCAUCCUUCCAAACAAACAUUAUUUUACCAUUGACAUGAGCAAAAUGGGAUUGACCAACCAGGAUGAGGUGUUGAUGCCUACGGACAUUCCAUAUGGAAAUAUUGCUGGAACUUUAAGACGGAAUCCGUCUUCGAAACUGUAAUAUGCACUGGUCAAAAUAAAGCACAUUCUUGCUGGCA